AUGGCGGCGGCUCUCAAGGUUCCAGGAAGAGCCGUCGACAGCCCUCAGCUGCCUUUACAGAUCCACCUCCAUUUAUUUGAUGUGCUUGGAGAUCGUGCCUCGCUUCAUAAUUCCCUGCCUUUCCUCCAUGCCAGCACCGACACAGACACGUCCUGCACAGCCAAAACCGACACGUCCUGCACAGCCAACACCGACACGUCCUGCACAGCCAACACCGACACGUCCUGCACAGCCAACACCGACACGUCCUACAUAGUCAACACCGACACAUCCUACACAGUCAACACCGACACACCCUACACAGCCAACACCGACACACCCUACACAGCCAACACCGACACAUCCUACACAGUCAACACCGACACAUCCUACACAGCCAACACCGACACAUCCUACACAGCCAACACCGACACAUCCUACACAGCCAACACCGACACAGCCAACACCGACACACCCUACACAGCCAACACCGACACACCCUACACAGCCAACACCUACACACCCUACACAGCCAACACCGACACAUCCUACACAGCCAACACCGACACACCCUACACAGCCAACACCGACACACUCUACACAGCCAACACCGACACAUCCUACACAGCCAACACCGACACAGCCAACACCGACACACCCUACACAGCCAACACCGACACAUCCUACACAGCCAACACCGACACACCCUACACAGCCAACACCGACACACCCUACACAGCCAACACCGACACACCCUACACAGCCAACACCGACACACCCUACACAGCCAACACCGACACACCCUACACAGCCAACACCGACACACCCUACACAGCCAACACCGACACAUCCUACAUAGUCAACACCGACACACCCUACACAGCCAACACCGACACAUCUUACACAGCCAACACCGACACACCCUACACCGCCAACACCGACACAUCCUACACAGCCAACACCGACACAUCCUACACAGUCAACACCGACACAGCCAACACCGACACACCCUACACAGCCAACACCGACACAUCCAACACCGACACACCCUACACAGCCAACACCGACACACCCUACACAGCCAACACCGACACACCCUACACAGCCAACACCGACACACCCUACACAGCCAACACCGACACACCCUACACAUCCAACACCGACACACCCUACACAGCCAACACCGACACACCCUACACAGCCAACACCGACACACCCUGCACAGCCAACACCGACACAUCCAACACCGACACACCCUACACAGCCAACACCGACACAUCCAACACCGACACAUCCUACACAUCCAACACCGACACACCCUACACAGCCAACACCGACACACCCUACACAGCCAACACCGACACACCCUGCACAGCCAACACCGACACAUCCAACACCGACACACCCUACACAGCCAACACCGACACACCCUACACAGCCAACACCGACACACCCUACACAGCCAACACCGACACAUCCAACACCGACACACCCUACACAUCCAACACCGACACACCCUACACAGCCAACACCGACACAUCCAACACCGACACACCCUACACAGCCAACACCGACACACCCUACACAUCCAACACCGACACACCCUACACAGCCAACACCGACACACCCUACACAGCCAACACCGACACAUCCAACACCGACACACCCUACACAUCCAACACCGACACACCCUACACAGCCAACACCGACACAUCCAACACCGACACACCCUACACAGCCAACACCGACACACCCUACACAGCCAACACCGACACACCCUACACAGCCAACACCGACACAUCCAACACCGACACACCCUACACAUCCAACACCGACACACCCUACACAGCCAACACCGACACAUCCAACACCGACACACCCUACACAGCCAACACCGACACACCCUACACAUCCAACACCGACACACCCUACACAGCCAACACCGACACACCCUACACAGCCAACACCGACACAUCCAACACCGACACACCCUACACAGCCAACACCGACACACCCUGCACAGCCAACACCGACACAUCCAACACCGACACACCCUACACAGCCAACACCGACACACCUUACACAUCCAACACCGACACACCCUACACAGCCAACACCGACACACCCUACACAGCCAACACCGACACAUCCAACACCGACACACCCUACACAUCCAACACCGACACACCCUACACAUCCAACACCGACACACCCUACACAGCCAACACCGACACAUCCAACACCGACACACCCUACACAGCCAACACCGACACACCCUACACAUCCAACACCGACACACCCUACACAGCCAACACCGACACACCCUACACAGCCAACACCGACACAUCCAACACCGACACACCCUACACAGCCAACACCGACACACCCUGCACAGCCAACACCGACACAUCCAACACCGACACACCCUACACAGCCAACACCGACACACCCUACACAUCCAACACCGACACACCCUACACAGCCAACACCGACACACCCUACACAGCCAACACCGACACACCCUGCACAGCCAACACCGACACACCCUGCACAGCCAACACCGACACACCCUGCACAGCCAACACCGAUACAUCCAACACCGACACACCCUACACAGCCAACACCGACACACCCUACACAGCCAACACCGACACACCCUACACAGCCAACACCGACACACCCUACACAGCCAACACCGACACACCCUACACAGCCAACACCGACACACCCUACACAUCCAACACCGACACACCCUACACAGCCAACACCGACACACCCUGCACAGCCAACACCGACACAUCCAACACCGACACACCCUACACAGCCAACACCGAUACACCCUACACAGCCAACACCGACACACCCUGCACAGCCAACACCGACACAUCCAACACCGACACACCCUACACAGCCAACACCGACACACCCUACACAGUCAACACCGACACAUCCUACACAGUCAACACCGACACACCCUACACAGUCAACACCGACACACCCUACACAGUCAACACCGACACAUCCUACACAGUCAACACCGACACAUCCUACACAGUCAACACCGACACACCCUACACAGUCAACACCGACACAUCCUACACAGUCAACACCGACACAUCCUACACAGUCAACACCGACACACCCGCAGAAACCAACAAGGACGGUUCAUCAGAGAACGUAACUAGCGAGGACCGCAAACCAUUCCAGAGUGGCAGCUGCACAAGGAAGUCUUUAAAUUAA